CAGCCAGACAGCCUCCCCUCCGCCCAGGGGAAGCGGCUGCCUAGGCAGGCUGCUUCCAGGAAGCCCCAGGCCAGGCCCCAGCAUUGUUCAGGCCCUACGGCUGGCAGCCCAGCCAGCCCGACACCAUGAAGUCAAGCGGCCCCGUGGAGAGGCUGCUCAGAGCUCUGGGGCGAAGGGACAGCAGCCGGGCCACCAGCAGGGUAGGAAUGCCCACCGACUGGGCAAAGCCCAGGAAAGCAGAGCCACACAGUUUUCGGGAGAAGGUUUUCCGGAAGAAGACUCCAGUGUGUGCAGUGUGUAAGGUGACCAUCGAUGGGACCGGAGUAUCAUGUAGAGUCUGCAAGGUGGCAACACACAGGAAAUGUGAAGGCAAAGUGACUUCAUCCUGUCAGGCUGUGCCUCCUGCCGAGGUGCGGCGAAAUACGGCCCCAGUCCGGCGCAUUGAGCACCUGGGCUCCACCAAGUCUCUGAACCACUCAAAGCAGCGCAGCACCCUGCCCAGGAGCUUCAGCCUGGACCCGCUCAUGGAGCGGCGCUGGGACCUGGACCUCACCUACGUGACUGAGCGCAUCCUGGCCGCAGCCUUCCCCGCGCGGCCAGACGAGCAGCGACACCGGGGCCACCUGCGCGAGCUGGCCCACGUACUGCAGUCCAAGCACCGCGACAAGUACCUGCUCUUCAAUCUGUCAGAGAAAAGGCAUGACCUGACCCGCCUGAACCCCAAGGUCCAGGACUUUGGCUGGCCUGAGCUGCACGCGCCCCCUCUGGACAAGCUGUGUUCCAUCUGUAAAGCCAUGGAGACCUGGCUCAGCGCUGACCCUCAGCACGUGGUCGUGCUCUACUGCAAGGGGAGCAAAGGCAAGCUCGGGGUCAUCGUCUCGGCCUACAUGCACUACAGCAAGAUUUCCGCAGGGGCAGACCAGGCACUAGCCACGCUCACCAUGAGGAAAUUCUGCGAGGACAAAGUGGCCACAGAACUGCAGCCGUCCCAGCGUAGGUAUGUCAGCUAUUUCAGCGGGCUGCUGUCUGGCUCCAUCAGAAUGAACAGCAGCCCUCUCUUCCUGCACUACGUGUGUGUGCCUGUACUCCCCGCCUUUGAGCCCAACACGGGCUUCCAGCCCUUUCUCAAGAUCUACCAGUCCAUGCAGCUUGUCUACACAUCUGGAGUCUAUCACAUUGCGGGGUCUGGGCCCCAGCAGCUUUGCAUCAGCCUGGAGCCAGCCCUCCUCCUGAAAGGCGACGUCAUGGUAACCUGCUAUCACAAGGGUGGCCGGGGGACAGACCGAACCCUUGUGUUCCGAGUCCAGUUCCACACUUGCACCAUCCACGGACCACGGCUCAACUUUCCCAAGGACCAGCUGGAUGAGGCCUGGGCAGAUGAGAGGUUCCCCUUCCAAGCCUCAGUGGAAUUUGUUUUCUCCUCCAGUCCUGAGAAGAUCAAAGGCAACAGCCCACGUAAUGACCCGUCCGUCUCCGUGGACUACAACACCACAGAGCCUGCUGUGCGCUGGGACUCUUACGAGAAUUUCAACCAGCACCAUGAAGACAGUGUGGACGGUCCCUUGGCCCAUACGCAGGGCCCCCUGGAUGGCAGUCCUUAUGCCCAGGUGCAGAGGGCCCCCCGCCAGGCCCCGCCAGCGCCCUCUCCGGAGCCACCUCCACCUCCCAUGCUCUCCGUCAGCAGUGACUCUGGCCAUUCAUCCACGCUGACCACAGAGCCAGCUGCCGAGUCCCCUGGCCGGCCACCUCCAACGGCUGCUGAACGGCAGGAGCUGGACCGCCUCCUGGGAGGCUGUGGGGUGGCCAGCGGGGGCCGAGGAGGCGGGCGCGAGACAGCCAUCCUUGAUGAUGAAGAGCAGCCCCCUGUGGGGGGAGGCCCACCCCUGGGCAUGUAUACAGGCCACAGGCCUGGACUCAGCCGCCACUGCUCCUGCCGUCAGGGCUACCGGGAGCCUUGUGGGGUCCCCAAUGGGGACUACUACCGGCCGGAGGGAACCCUGGAAAGGCGGCGGUUACCCCAUGGAGGCCAUGAGGGCCCCCCACAAGGCUACGCUGAGGCCUCUAUGGAGAAGAGGCGCCUAUGCCGAUCCCUGUCUGAAGGGCCGUAUCCCUACGCACCCGAGCUAGGGAAACCAGCCAAUGGGGACUUUGGCUACCGCUCAGGCUACCGCGAGGUGGUGAUCCUGGAAGACCCUGGGGUGCCUGCCAUAUGUUCAUGCCCAGCCUGUGAUGAGAAGCCGACCCUGCCUACGGCUGCCCUCUAUGGACUGAGGCUGGAGAGAGAGCCUGGAGAGGGGUGGGCCAACGAGGCAGGAAAGCCUCUCCUCCACCCGGUGCGGCCCGGGCACCCACUGCCUCUGCUGGUGCCUGCCUGUGGGCAUCACCAUACCCCGAUGCCUGACUACAGCUGCUUGAAGCCACCAAAGGUGGGCGAGGAAGGGCAUGAGGGCUGCUCCUAUGCCAUGUGCCCUGAAGGCAGGUAUGGGUAUCCGGGGUACCCUGCCGUGGUGACCUAUGGCUAUGGAGGAGCAAUUCCCAGUUACUGCCCAGCUUAUGGCCGGGCACCUCACAGCUGCGGAUCCUCAGGUGAGGGCCGAGGGUAUGCAAGCCCUGGUGCUCACUCACCACGGGCUGGCUCCAUUUCCCCGGGAAGCCCUCCCUACCUGCAGUCCAGGAAGCUGAGCUAUGAGAUCCCCACGGAGGAGGGAAGGGACAAGUACCAGCUGCCCAGGCACAUGGCCUCAGCAGGACCCUUGGCAUCUACAGAGUCGCCUGAGCCAGUGACCUGGAGGGAAGGCCCCAGGGGACACAGCACGCUGCCUCGGUCUCCCCGGGAUGCCCCGUGCAGCGCCUCUUCAGAGCUGUCUGGUCCCUCCACACCCCUGCACACCAGCAGCCCAGUCCAGGGCAAGGAAAGCACUCAACGGCGGGACCCCAGGUCUUCCUCCUUGGCAGCCACUCAGAGACUGAGUCCUGGCGAGGCCUUAACUGCUGUUGCCCAGGGAGGCACUGAAAAGGCUCCUGAGAUGCCAACCAGCAGUGGGCCUGAGGCCCCAAGCCCUAGCUCCUUCUCCCUGACCUCUUCACCCAGCUCACCCAAUGGCUGGCCUCAGGAAAGGAGCCCUGGUGGCCACUCAGACAGGUCCAGUCCUCGGGGCCCUGUGCCUACCACCCUGCCUGGCCUCCGUCACGCCCCCUGGCAGGGCCCUCGGUGUCCCCCAGACAGCCCAGAUGGGUCCCCGCUCACCCCUGUGCCUACUCAGAUGCCCUGGCUGGUGGCCAGCCCGGAGCCUCCUCAGAGCUCACCCACACCUGCCUUCCCCGUGGCUGCCUCCUAUGACACCAGUGGCCCCACUCAGCCUCCACUUCCGGAGAAACACCACCUGCCCGGGCCUGGGCAACAGCCAGGACCCUGGGGUCUAGAACAGUCAUCACCACCGGCCAGAAGCACCAGUCACCAUGUCACCUUUGCACCGCCGCUCCCAGAUGUCACUCAGCCCCCAGAUCCCCCUUCACAAGACAGCCAAACCAAUGUUAAGUUCGUCCAGGAUACAUCCAAGUUCUGGUACAAGCCACACCUGUCCCGUGAUCAAGCCAUUGCCCUACUGAAGAACAAGGACACUGGAGCCUUCCUGAUCAGGGACAGCCACUCAUUCCAAGGAGCCUACGGACUGGCCCUCAAAGUGGCUACACCCCCACCUAGCGCCCAGCCGUGGAAAGGAGACCCAUCAGAACAGCUGGUUCGCCAUUUUCUCAUUGAGACUGGCCCCAAAGGAGUGAAGAUCAGGGGCUGUCCCAGCGAACCCUACUUUGGCAGCCUGUCCGCCCUGGUCUCGCAACACUCCAUCUCCCCCAUCUCCCUGCCUUGCUGCCUGCGCAUUCCCAGUAAAGAUCCUCUCGAAGAAGCCCCAGAGGCCCCAGUGCCCACCAACAUGAGCACAGCGGCAGAUCUCCUGCGACAGGGCGCAGCCUGCAGUGUGCUCUACCUGACCUCAGUGGAGACAGAGUCUUUGACUGGCCCCCAGGCUGUGGCCAGGGCCAGUUCUGCAGCUCUGAACUGCAGCCCCCGGCCAACACCAGCAGUUGUCCACUUCAAGGUCUCAGCGCAGGGUAUCACAUUGACAGACAACCAGAGGAAGCUCUUCUUUCGCCGCCAUUACCCAGUGAGCAGCAUCACUUUCUCUAGCACUGACCCCCAGGACCGCAGAUGGACCAACCCAGAUGGGACCACCGCCAAGAUCUUUGGUUUUGUGGCCAAGAAGCCAGGAAGCCCCUGGGAAAAUGUUUGUCACCUCUUUGCGGAGCUUGACCCAGAUCAACCAGCAGGCGCCAUUGUCACCUUCAUCACCAAAGUUCUACUGGGCCAGAGAAAAUGAAGGCCACAAGCUCCAAGCCCACAUCAACACUGCGAGCUCCCAGCACCCCACAGCCUCACUGCCCUGGCCUGGAUCCAGGAGCUUCAGGUGCCCACACUCCUCCAAAAAAGGGGGAGUGCCACCAGUCCUGGCCAUUGCUCUUCCCACCCCUAGCCUGCUAAGCUAAGUGGAAGGGCCCGGGAGAUGACCUUGCACGUUGAGCAGAUGGCAGAGACGUGUGUGAGGGGUGAGGGAUAUCAACAGUCGAGCCCUGGAGGGGGUCUGGACAGCUCCACUUGAAGAGCAUCAGCUGUAGGGGGGAGGGACCCUGCCAGCUUCACCCCGCCGUGCCGGCCCCAGUACAGUGGAGAGAGGGGAGAGGUGUGCGAGCGAGUCACUCCUUCCGCCUCCCCUCUGAGCAGAGACCAGUGGGAUCACAUGAACAGAAGAGGAAAAAAAAAAAAGAGAGAGAGUCUAUUUUUGUGUAAUAAUAAAGAAUUUCUAUAAACUUUCA